UUACGUCAUCGCAUGACAGGUAGCCUAGAACUUUUCCGGAAAGGCUGGAAGGUUGCGCCUUGCGCUAGUAGCUUGCGAAUCACAAAGUAAUGUCGAUACACUAAAGUUCAUGUAGUUUCUACAUCUAUCGUCAUAUCAUAUUACGGGACUUUUAUAUGGGACUUUUAGGUCGUAUUACUUAUCUUCGCUUAGUAGUCCUCUCGUGAAAAGGUUAGCAUUGCUAGCUACCUUGGGAUAUAGACAGGGCAGAAGUAAUCUAAGGGCCGAGGAAUGUAAACCGGUUUCAGCUGACCUGUAAGGUGCCACCCGAGUUUCUGAACGGAUUUUCAAAACAUUUAGCUUCAAGCUCGUCGACUGGACGUAGCUGUCAAGAUGACAGUUUGGGUAGUUCACGUUGGUCCGUAGACGGAGGAGAAACGACCGGAUAGGGCAGCGGUGUAGAGGCCGAAGACGGGGAUCAAGGUUAAAAUAGACGAGAGAAGUUCCAUGAUAAAACGGAGUACCGAUUCUGCCCCGUGCAUCCACCCGGAGUCUACUAGUGCAUCCAUCCACAAGCAAAUGGAGCUGGCAAUGACGCACCCUGCUCUCAAGGCCUUUGUGUGCGGCUCGCUCAGCGGUACCUGCUCCACCCUGCUGUUCCAGCCGCUGGACCUGGUGAAGACCCGCCUGCAGACCCUGCAGAAAGGCCGGAGCCCUGGCUCGAGGGUGGGGAUGGUGACGAUGUUCCUCAGUGUUGUUCGGACAGAGAAACUGCAGGGCCUUUGGAAGGGAGUGUCACCGUCCUUCGCGCGCUGUAUCCCAGGAGUAGGGAUCUACUUCAGCACGUUCUACUCUCUGAAGCAGCACUUCUUCCUGGAGCGGGCCCCGAGCGCCUGGGAGGCUGUGCUGCUGGGGGCCGGCGCCAGGACGGUGGCGGGAGUCUGCAUGCUGCCCGUCACCGUCAUCAAAACCCGCUUCGAGAGCGGCAGGUAUAACUACAGCACAGUGCUGGGAGCUCUGCGCAGCGUGUGUAGCACAGAGGGGCCCAGGGCGCUGUUCUCAGGCCUGACGGCCACGCUGCUCCGGGAUGCUCCGUUCUCCGGCAUCUACGUCAUGUUCUACACACAGACCAAGAGGGCCCUGCCCCCGGAGGUCACUUCCUCCCUCUACGCCCCCCUGGGUAAUUUUGGCUGUGGGGUGCUGGCGGGGGUCCUGGCCUCCGUGGUCACGCAGCCGGCGGACGUGGUGAAGACGCACGUCCAAGUGAGCCCUGCGCAGUACAAACGCACGCGGGACGCCGUGCACUUCAUCUACGCGGAGCACGGCUUCAGCGGGUUCUUCCGGGGGGCGGUGCCUCGCUCCUUGCGUCGGACGCUGAUGGCUGCGAUGGCCUGGACUGUGUACGAGCAGCUGAUGGCCAGAAUGGGGCUCAAAUCCUGAGGGGAAGGACAGGAAGAAGAGUGGAAGAGAGGGACGGAGAGGGAGAAGUGCAUAUUAUUAAGGAGGAGGGGUGUGUGUGUGGGCUGAAGUUCGCUCAUGAUGAUGAUAUGAAAUGGGUUUCAGUGACCUGCUCCAUGGUCAGGCUGAACAGCUGACCAUGACCCACAGUACCUGCCAGAGCAGAACAGCUGUUCUCACACCGCACUGAGGCAGCACUGCCGAACCCACCGCCCCUGUCUGAGCGACGCAGUAACGCCUCAGCUGGGAGGGGACCUCCAGGCUGGCUGCCCCAUUAGCUCAGCUCCCGUACGAGCACAAGCCUCACUUUGUCCGUUUGACUUCCGUUCUUCCUUGCCUUUGUUCAUGUAUUUAUAUUUUUAGACCGUGCUGGUAUAUGUUUUUCGGGGGCAGAGCAUGUCUUAGAUUUUGAUGUAUGCUUGAAGUAGGGCGCAGGCGUUGAGAGAAGUGCUCUGGUUUGGCCCGGAGGUGCCUGUGCACGUCCGCCCCGCGCUACGCCGCGUUAGCACACCUGCUUUACGCGGACAGCGCUCAGACUGCCGGCGCGCUCUGCAGGGCGGUCGUAAUGCAGCGACGACGCCAGCAGCUUCGUCCGCUCGAGUUCUCGCCGCAGUCGUGCAUUCUCAUGUGACGCGUGUCACAUGCUUUCUUGGCCAGAUCUCUCUAGCAAGAGAUUCUGAACCUCAGGAGAGACUAGCCUGGUCCAGUGAAGGUAAAAUAAAAAUAAUGAUGUGAAUUUCCACGGACGAAACGCAACGUAAACCGACGUCUGCUCGAUGCAUCACUUCAACGUGGCGGCUCCUUGUUCCUGAAUGCACUUUAUGACGCUGAAGAGUCCAGUAUUCAGCUCUUAACGCAAAGGCACUUCUGCUGAAAAAUCCAGGAAAGCCUGCCCGUGCUUGGCCUGCUUCCGUUGCACCUUGGCCUCUGUAUUGUACAGAAGUGCAGAGGCCUUAGGGUGCAAGUGUACUGCUUUUUACCACAGCUAUGAUCUUUAUUAAAAAGAUGUAUUUGUUAUUAGAACACUGGUAUUUAUCAUUUUUAUUUUAUUCUUUUUGUUUUUGUAUUGGGGAUAUUUUGUCUGUGUGUGGUGUGCCAGUAUCAUAUUUUAGCUUUUUUUUAAUUAAAGGAAAAUCCAUUGGUUCGCAACA